CAGCACGAGCACAGACGGGCUGAAAGAACACAGUGCACAGAGCACACCGCCUCCUGUUGCUGCACCGCACUGUGGGAUCCGCUGUCGACCUUUCAACCAACACACAUGAACGCAGAAAGCUAUUUUACGCGUCUUCUUGUUAUGUGCGGCCAGGACGGUUGGAGGAGUUUACCAGCACGGCGGCGCCCGCUGCUCUGAGCCGAGAGGGGGGUAAAACUGGGCUUGACGUUGCGGGGAUUUUUUGACACAACUUAUCAGAGAAAGUCGCCUGCUGGUGCUCCCGGAGGCGGCGGCUGUUUGUUCGGAGCUCUUUGCGGACAAAGUGUGAAACAAGUGUCAAGAAAGAGAGCAACAGAUGUUUUUUGGUGGAUAUGCAGCCGGCUGAGGAAUGAAAGCGGCAGCAGCGAGGCACAGGCGGCCCUUCCAGCGGUUUUGCUGCUGUGGAGUCGGGCUGCUCGCCGUCAUUUGGCUCACACAGGUCAUCCAGGCACCAGAGUCGGAGUCCUCUGGGUUUCAGCCAGGCGUGAAUGGUGAGCCGCUGCGAUGGACACGCAGGUUGAUGCAAGAGAAGUCAGACAACCAGAGCCUGGAUGAGCCUCGAGCAGCCAUCCAUGAGUUUCCAGAGGACAUCUUUACCAAGGAGCAGAGGAAGAACGGGGCUGUGCUCCUGCAUGCACUCUGUGCCAUCUACAUGUUCUACGCUCUGGCCAUCGUCUGUGAUGACUACUUCGUCCCUUCCCUGGAGAAAAUAUCCGAGAACCUGCAGCUCAGUGAGGACGUGGCCGGGGCAACAUUUAUGGCUGCUGGAAGCUCCGCCCCUGAGCUCUUCACCUCACUCAUUGGUGUCUUCAUCACUAAGGGUGACGUUGGGGUCGGCACCAUCGUGGGCUCAGCUGUCUUCAACAUCCUGGUCAUCAUCGGGCUGAGUGGAAUCUUUGCAGGACAGACGGUGGCUCUGACAUGGUGGUCCCUUUUCAGAGAUUCCUUUUACUACAUUUUGUCUGUACUGGCACUUAUAUUGGUUAUCUACGAUGCCAGAGUUGUCUGGUGGGAGUCCUUGCUGCUCAUGACCAUGUAUGCAAUAUACAUCAUAAUCAUGAAGUUCAACGCUCCGAUUUCAGUGUUUGUGAUGCGUCAGUUCAGGAGCAGCAGGCUGUGCUGCCGCAGAUCAGAGGAACACAGAGACAACAAGAUGGGAGAAGAAGCCGCAGGAUGCAACACCUCUUUGGUUCUUCUCAACAAAGGGCAGGCCCAUGGCCAGGAGAAUCCUCCAGUCAUCAUGGUGGAUGAGCUACUCAUCCUCAACCCCCACAAACUCACCUUCUCAGAUGCUGGCCUGCGUAUCAUGAUCACCCCCCACUUCUCGCCCCGCACCAGGCUCUCCAUGGCAGGACGUGUGCUCAUCAGCGAGAGACAGAGAUUGAUCCGGAGUACAAAGCACCAGCGGGAUGGUGAAGCUGGGCCUGGGUCAAGAGGGGGGUCAAACAGCAACAGUCUGAAGAGGACGGGCUCCUGCAGCCUGGAGAAUGGAGGCGGUAGGUCCGGGUUAAGAGACGCAGAGUCUGGAGACAAACCUGGGGCUGAGGUGUGCCGGCCAGAGGAGGAAGAAGAAGAUGACGAUGGGAUUUUCAGUCCGAUGCGUAUACCAGGCAGCUGCUGUGCGCGGAUCAAGUGGCUGAUCACCUGGCCCCUGAGCUUCUUGCUUUACUGCACUGUGCCUAACUGUGUUCUGCCACGCUGGCACCGCUGGUUCAUGGUCACCUUCGUGGCCUCCACCUUGUGGAUUGCUGUCUUCUCCUACCUCAUGGUGUGGAUGGUAACAAUCAUCAGCUACACACUCGACAUCCCAGACUACAUCAUGGGCAUAACCUUCCUGGCAGCAGGGACCAGUGUACCCGAUUGCAUGGCAAGUCUCAUUGUUGCUCGACAAGGCAUGGGGGACAUGGCAGUGUCUAACUCCAUAGGCAGCAAUAUCUUUGACAUCCUGCUGGGUUUGGGCUUCCCCUGGGCUUUGCGUACCCUUGUGGUGGACCACGGAUCAAUAGUCUCCAUAAAUAAUAAAGGACUUGUAUAUUCUGUCGUCCUACUGCUGGCAUCAGUGUUUCUGACAGUGACGAGUGUUCAUCUGAACCACUGGAGGCUGGACCGCCGGCUGGGUCUGGGUCUGUUGUUUCUCUAUGCCAUCUUCCUGCUCUGCUCCAUCCUCUUCGGGCAGAUGAAGCAGUAAUUCUGAAUGGAUGGAGGUGCAGCUGAGUGAGUAGAAAGCUGAGUUUGUGCAUGACUGCCAUCUAAUGGAGUGCAACAGGAAUAAAAUAACUACAUGUUUCA